GCAAGCAACAUGUCAAGCCUCGCCCAGAAACUCGCCCAGCUCCAGAGCUACUCUGCCUGUGAUGUAUCAGAUGCUCUUCUCAAACUUCAAACGCUCCAACCUGCUCGCGCCGGAUACCUAGCAGACCUGACCCCCCAUUCCCCCCUUGGACGGAGUACAACUCUCCCCAAAAUCAUCGCCCCAGCGACCACCUUCAAAUUCAUACCGAGGCAUGAAGAACCCCCCGUGCUGGCGACCUCCUCACCGGACACCCACGGAUUCCCCGCAGGAACGCACUGGGUCGAUUUCGCCCAGCCGGAGACCGUGGUCGUCCUCGAACAACCAGAGGGCCAGACCUGUGCCGUCCUGGGCGGCAUCAUGGCUGCUAGAAUGAAGUAUCUUGGUGUGCGGGCGGUCGUGGUCGAUGGCCGCGUCAGAGAUUUGGCGGAACUCCAUGCCACGGAGAUUCCAGUAUGGGCGUUUGGAACGUCAACUGUUGGUACAAGUGCCGAGGCGAAGCCCGGGGUGAGAAAUGUGUCGGUUUCUAUUCGCGGAGUGACUGUGUCGCCGGGAGAUAUCAUUUUCUGUGAUCCGUUGGAAGGCGUGGUCGCCAUCCCUCAGGAUCUGCUCGACCCGGUGCUGGAGUUGAUGCCCAAGCUGGUGGCUAUGGAUGACCGCGUCAAGGAGGCGGUGGUGAAUGGAAUGAGCGUCUACGAGGCGUUUCAGAAGUUUAGAAAGUAAUUCAAAUUGUCAUAGUCAAUCUAAUAUCUUAUUCAAUUGUCAUAGUCAAUGAAAUAUCUUAUUACUCUGC